UCUUCAUUUUAUUUUCUCAAAUUAUCAGUUACGAUUUUGCUCUAUCCGAUAGCCGUCUUCCGCAACAAUUUUAGCCUAUUUUAAUCAUCAAGUUUAGCCCCAAAAAAUAAACCCUUUUUUCUAUAUAUUAAAGGUGAUAAGCUUUGUCAUAACCUAAUCAGAUUUGGAAUAAAAGCAGCAGCCCAACAAGAUUAUUUUCUCCGAAACAUAACUUGAAAGCAAAGAAAGAAUAUCUAUAUCUCCGAAAGCCAUUGCAUUUGAAGAAACUUAACUAGAAUAACCUCAUCAAAAUAGAAUGGAUUCUUCUUUAGUACCUUCAUCGUGCACCAUAGUUUCUCCAGCAUUCAAGCAGUAUAAUCGUCAACCCUUUCAAGUUAUCAGAGCCCAAAGCUGCAGAGAUGGAGGGAGAUCAAGUAAUGGGGUGGAUGCGAAUUUGAGGGUAUUAAGGGAGAGAAUAGAGCAGGUGAAGAUGAAGGAGGAGCUUCAAAAACGUUGCAGAUGCGAGUAUGGAGUUGGCUGUAACUGCAACAAGCUGCUCAAAAGAGACAAGCAGAGAUUAGAGUUGUUUGAGCUUUUGGGUUUGGUUGGGGCAACUAUUGCCUUCACCUGCCUUACUGGAUCUCUUUUGCUUUGCCUUGUUUCAUUAUUUGUUCAUUUUCAUUAUCCAUUUCAUUAAGGCAUGCUCAUAUAUAAAUAUUUCCAGAAAGUAGAAUUGAAAUUAUUUUACCGGUGUGUUCAUUAGACGAAACAAGUACACCAUGUCAAUCUACACCCCUUUCCAGUUA